ACAUCAAUCCCACCCCUGCGCUACCACUAAUUUCUAGUAUAGAAAUCAUCUGGUUACACAUGACCAACAUCUAACUCCCGUAAGUGUCUCUGAUUACCUAUAGUAUGCUUACUAAACACAUAAUCACAUCUCAUGGCUGAGGCUUUGGGUGUAAUUGCUAGUAGCAUUGCCGUUGCCCAAGUAGCUGGCAAGGCUGCAGGCACAGUUAUAAAGCUCAAACGACUAUGGGAUGAGGUACAGGAUAUCCCCGAAAAUGUAGCGGACUUGAUGGAACAGAUCGAUUGUCUAGAUCCGGCGCUUUGGGAAGCCGAGCAGCACUUUAUCCAAAAUCAGCUUUCUCCUUGUCUCUGGAACGACACAGCCGCGAUCCGAAGCGCGAAAUACUGUCGCAAGGCUCUGCGGAAGCUCACAGACGUUGCUGACGAUUUAGCUUCACAAAUCAACUCAAAAAGGCGAGCCGAACGUGGAAUAUCACGCGUCAAAGUCUUAUUAAAAAAGGAUAGGCUUCGAGAUCUUGAAAGGCGCUUGGAAAGUGCUGUGAGAUUGCUUCAGCUUGCUCAACAAGGAUACCUUGUAACACUUGUGAAACUCCAACCCGACAUUAUUGCUUCCAAACUUAUGUUACAAUUAGAUACAGUCCGGCGCCCGAAUAGCCUGUGUGCCAAUGACACAGAAAUGAACGAUAAGGAAACGAAGCAUCAACAUCGCUCCACUGACUGGAGUCCCCGGAGUAUAGAGGCUGCGCCUCCUUUAAAGAAGGGAAGAUUAAGGGUCUGGAAAGAAUCACCUGUAUUUGGCGUUGUCGACAUUGCAUCAACAUCAGAUGGCGUCGCCGUUGAUAUCCAACCCCCUUGGUGGCUUACGGGUAUACUGGACGCGUGGUCUUUCAAUAUCGUCAAAUCAUAUUCGGGCUGGAAAUUCCACUUACAAAGCUAUCCUAUCAGGCCAAAUGAAUCAUUGAUUUUCGACGUUGUACGCUGGGACGAUACAGAGAAGCUUCAAGCUAUGUUUCGCACAGGGGACGCUUCACCAUUUGAUCGCAACGAGAUUGGAUCAAGUAUCUUACAUAUCGCUGUACAAACAAUGUCAGUAAAUGUAAUCAGAUUCCUGAAAGAGAUGAGCCUUGAUAUAGACUGCCAAGAUGGCGAAAGUUGUCUCGCGAUAGACUACAUUCCUUGGGUUGUAAACUACACGAUUCCUAGUGAUCCUCAUAUGUGGUCGGAGUAUAUUUCGUUAAUGUCGUCCGAACUCUUCAUGACGCGAGAUGUUGAAGAUUAUCGAGGAUAUUGUAGAUGCAUACCUGUAGCAAAUGCGGAUGAUUUCCGAAAACUACAGUCCAUCACCUGCCCAGCUCACGAUGAAACGCCAUUCUAUACUCGACUAUUUAGAGUGGAGGUAUUUUCAAUAAAAUUGAGAGCUCAAUUUAAAUUCGAAACGUUUCAAUAUAUCCUCGGUCUAGAUCUCGACAAGGAUCUCGACGCAGUGUACGAUUUCGACAGUUAUCCCACACGGCUAAGUCACAUUAUAGCAAAUAUUAUUUCGGCCCUCGAUAUACAACCGACUAUGACCAAAACCCAGGAAGGCGAGAUUGAAAAGUGGAUUAAUUUUGCUUCUAGUAUUUAUCGUGGAUCAAACAUAAACAGCCUUUCAUCCAUGGCUCUAGACGCAGGAAAAUUCAAGUAUUUGAAAAUUAACGGUACUAUACAACUGACGCCUCUAUUAUACAUAAUUCUAUCUGGGGGCCAUCACGCGUUGUUUGGUGGUAAGAAACAAUUUGAACGUUUGUUGAAAACGGAUCUUCGACAUUGGUUUUCUUUCCUAAAAACAAUUGGCACAGAUCUCAUCGAGUAUGGACGCGAAGAGAUGAGGAUUCUCUGCACUAAUAACCUCAAAUAUCUCGCCAUAUUUAAACGGCUUUAUUUUCGGAAGAAUCUUGAUAUGUCCGAGUUCAGCUGGCUGGGCUACCUGAGGUUGAUAAGCUUUCAAUUUGGACCCGAUGUGGACGACUGGAAAGUGUUAUGGAACGAGCCUACGGAUGAAUUUGCGGGGGACUUCUGGAAUAUGGUUGAGGACCCAAUUCUUAGCAUCCCAGGAGCAUGGUAUGAUGUCGACUGCGAAGGAUAAUCCGGGUAACGAUAAGCCUCAAGGAUAAGGUAUUAGUAAGAUGUCAGGGUUAGGUGUACUGGUCGCCGCUUUAAUUUCCUCGUCGUUGAAGAGAGGAGUUGUGAUGGAUAUUUUUCUCUUCGGCCUACCUGGUAUAUAAGUAGGUAUAUAUCUAACAAUAUGUGCCAUUUCUUGGAAUAGGAAACCGAAG